AUGUCGAUUGACAUCAAUUGGGACAACCUCGUCAGCGACGAGCAGUUCACCAGCAGUCUCCGCACGUUCUUGGACGACCAGUUCCGCCUGAUCAGCCUCCCGCUGUUCAUUAACAACCUCCAGGUCACCGAUUUCUGUCUCGGCACUAAACCGCCAGAUAUCACCAUCCGUCACAUUGGCGACCCGUUUGAUGCCUUCUACGAGGAAGAGUCACCGGAAGCACAGAUGCCGGUGUCUCGGGUAGCGUCUAACGUGCCUGACUCCGACGAUAGCGAGAGCAUUGACUCCGAGGACGAGAUGAUGACUAUAGGCGAAAACACGACGAUGGCUGCCAGCACCUUCCACAUGGAGCCACCGUUACUGCCACCGGCAACACCACGACACCGGUCACUCCUGCCAGGACCUCACCCUCUUGCCUCGACGAGAACAUCACUGGACUCAGUAUCGCUUAUGGUGGGUACCACUCAAUUGCUCAAUUUACACCAAAACUACACCAGUUUAGUCGGACUUCCUCGAGGGAUCAAACCACCCGAACCGCCAGGAGCUAAUGGCCAUAACUCAGCACUGGGGCGAGAGACUCCUUUGGACAUUUUAACCCAUCGCAAUGAUCGUUUACAACUGGGCAAGAAAACUAAGCAACGCCACGUCAAUGAUAUCCAGUUUACCGUUGAAUUUGACUACCAAGGGGAUAUGACCAUCGAGGUAACGGUUAACUUAUUGGUGAACUAUCCGUCGUCUAAUUUCAUCUCCCUUCCUAUUAAGCUCCAUAUUACCGAUAUGGUGAUCCACCUGAUUGCCGCCGUGGCCUACCUCAAACACCUGGUCUAUUUCUCCUUCUUGUGUGAUAUAAACGAUAACAUUGCCGACUACUUCGAUGGGGCGUCGCUGACUCCCGCCAACGCCACUUUCUCCGACUUUGUCAGUGGCCGCGACCGCAUUGACAUCAUCAAGAAGAUCCGGAUCGAGCUGGAAAUUGGUGAAGUGGAGAAUAACGUGUUGCGCAACGUCGGCAAAGUGGAGCGGUUCUUGACCGAGCGCCUCCGCAGCAUGCUUCGUGAUGAAAUCGCCUGGCCUUCUUGGCUCUGCUUUGACCUUAAUGACGAUGAGGAUGACGACGAUGAUGGUGCUUCAGAUACCGAGCCCCGGUGA